AGACACGUUUUUAAUUUUAUAAAAAAAAAUGAUUUAUAAACAUAAAAUAAACUUACACGUUUUAGUUUUUACCUUAAUUUUACUUAACUUUACACAUAUUACAAAAUGUGAGGAUCCACCAAGAAUAUCAGGCAAAUUAAACAUGUUUGGGAAAUGGAUGAAGACUCAAAAACAAAAUAAUAUAAUGGCAUUUUUGGGUAUACCAUACGCAGAGCCACCAAUAGGAGAUUUAAGAUUUGCAGAUCCAAAGCCACUACAAAAAUUAAAAGAUGAUUUUAAUGCUACAGUAGACAGUGAUUUUUGUCCACAAAAACCAAGAACAAAUAAAACAUUGCCAAUGUCAGAAGAUUGCCUCAAAUUGAAUGUUUAUACUCGUAAUAAAGAUGCUUUACAACCAGUUUUAGUUUUUAUUCAUGGUGGAGCAUUUGUCUUUGGUGGAGGACAAAGUUAUUCUUAUGGUCCUCAAUAUUUACUUGAUAAUGACCUUGUUUUAGUUACAAUUAACUAUAGAUUAGGACCUUUUGGUUUUUUAAGCACAAAAACGAAAGAUGCUACAGGUAACUAUGGUUUAAAAGAUCAAGUUUUAGCUUUAAAAUGGAUUCGGGAUAAUAUUAAAGAAUUUGGAGGAGAUCCAAAUUCUGUUACAAUAUUUGGACAAAGUGCUGGUGGUUGGUCUGUUUCGGCACAUCUUGUUUCACCUCUUUCCAAAGGUUUAUUUCAUAAAGCAAUAGCUUUUAGCGGUUCAACAACCUCUGCAUAUCAUAUUGAUAAUUUAAAGUGGACAACGAUACUAGCCAAAAAAGUUAAUUGUUCUAAUGAUAAUCCAACUGAAAUGGUUAAAUGUUUAAGAAAUGUUCCAUGGAAAGUACUUGCAGAUAAUGCUGAGUUCAAAGAAGAAAAAAAUUAUUUAAUAAAUUUUAAUAUUGAAAUUGAGGAGGAUUUUGGACAAGAAAGAUUCCUUGUUGAACAUCCAUCGAUAACUGUUAUGAAUGGUAGUUUUCAUAAAGUUCCAAUAAUGACUGGUACAACAAGAGAUGAAUUCGAUCAACUUGCACAUGAUCUUGUUCUAACACCUUAUUUUGAAAAGAUUAAUGAAAAUUUUGAGGCAGCAGCACCAUUAUUGUUUACUUUUCAAGAAAAGACGAAAAAAUCCUCAGAAAUUGCUAAGAAAAUAAAAGAAUUUUAUUUUAAGCAGAAAGCAAUUUCCACGUUAAAUCUUGAUAAAUUAUCACAAGCUUUCAGUGACAGUUCAAUUAUACACUCAGUUCAUAGACUAGUACAUUUGGCUAAAAAUUUUACUGAUAUUUACUAUUACAGAUUUGAUUAUAAAAGUCGGUUUAGUUGUGGUAAUAAAGAUUGGCAAAAUUUCCCGAAAUUUAUUAGUCAUACUGAUGACUUACAAUACAUAUUUGUAUCAUCUUGUGGCCCUCCGUAUAAUGUAACAGAUCCAGAACAAUUUAUGGUGGAAAGACUUAAUAAAUGGAUUUAUAAUUUUGUAAAAACUGGGAAUCCUAAUGAUAUUAAAGAUGUUGAUCCUCAUUGUGGAUCUUGGCCAAAAACACAUAAAGAAAACGUAACAACAUUAUUUAAUGGCAGAGAAUGUUCCGUAAGAGAGGAACCAUAUCUUGAAAGAAUGAAACUUUGGGAUGAACUAUUUCCGGUUGGUUCAAAAGCAUUCCGAUUUGAUUCAUUAAAUUUUGCAGUUUUAGUUGGAUUGUCAUUUGUCAUAUCGUCUCUCAUAAAUGGAUUAAAAUAAAAAUUGAAAACUUCAAGUAUUGUAAUUAAAAAAACACUUUAUUCAGAUUAAUAAUUAGUGAUUGAGGAAUAAAAAUAAAA